AUGGAGUUCAAUUUCAACACCAACAGGGCGGAAGCGGAGCGGUGGCUGAGCACUGCCGUGAAGCUACUGUCGGCGCAUGACUUGCAGGGAACCAAGACCUUCGCGAUCCGAGCCCGAGAGACCGACCCCAGGCUCGAGGCUACCGAGCAGAUAAUCGCCGUUGCCGACACUCUCCUCGCCGCUGAAUCCCAGAUCAACAACCAAAACCAGCAGCCCGACUGGUACGCUAUUCUCCAACUCGCCCAGUACACUCAGAACCUCGAAAUCGUCGCGACUCAGUACCGCCGACUGGCUCUUCUGCUGAACCCCCACCGGAAUCGCUUCCCUUACGCCGAUCAUGCCUUCCGGCUGGUCUCCGAGGCCUGGAACGUCCUCUCUAACCCCACCAAGAAGGCCAUGUACGACCACGAGUUGAGCAUGUUCAACCGGUUCGACUCGCCCCCAUCCGGGUCGACUCAGCUGUUCGAGAGGCAAUUCUUGCAAAUGCAUCAUGUUCAGCAACAGCCACCACAGCCACCACCACCACCACCACCACAGCCACUUCUAUUUCAUCCCCAACCGUCACAGCUACUACAAUUCCAGCCUCAACCGCCACCGCAGCCGCAACCACAAUCACAACCAGAAGUGCAGAGACCACAGCCGCAAUGGAAUUUUCAACAAAAGCGACAACAACCACCGCCAGAGCAGCAACAUCAGCAGCAGCACCAUCAGCAACAUCACCACGAACCUCCUCAGCAUCAGCAGCAGCAGCAGCAACAAUAUCAGGAACUUCCCCAGCUGUGGCAGCAGCUGCAGCAACAACAUCAGCAACAAGAAGUGAGUAAAAACCCUAGAAGUAAGGACGGAAGACCGUCGAUGGAGGAGGAAAGGCCGAUUCCGAUUCCCAUCAAUGUGACCGAGCCUGCACCUCCGCCCUCCGAGUCAACUCCUCCGCCCUCCGAAUCAACUGGCCCUGUUGAGUCAACUCCUCCUUCUGAGUCAGCUCCCCCUUCUGAGUUGACUCGGCCUCAAACAGUGUCCAAAACGGGGAGCUUCUGGACUGCAUGUCCUUACUGUUACAACCUCUUCGAGUAUCCUAGCGCUUACGAGGAUUGCAUGCUUCGGUGCCAGAAUUGUAAGAGGGCAUUCAAUGCAAUGGCGAUAGCGGCACCGCCUCAGGCGGGGAAAGAUGUGAACUUCUGCUGUUGGGGGUAUUUCCCAUUGGGGUUACUGGAGAAUAGUAAGGAUACAGGCGGAUCAGCGGAGGUGUGGACACCAUUUUCGACAAUGUUUGCUUGCCCAAUACAAGGGAAGAAGAAUACCGCACGAGCCAAGAUUGCUAAUUCGGGGCCAAGGGUCUAUUAUGAUGAUGAGGAGGCGUUGCUUGAUGUUUCGGAUCCAAGUGAGGACUCUGAUGAUGAUGAUGAGUGGCAGAGGGUUAGGAGGAAGAAGAGAGUUGUAAAGGCAAAAGCUAAAGCUUCCACUGCUAAGACUCCGGUGAGAGCUUCGGAUAGAUUAAGGAAGGGGAGUCAGAAUGCUGGUGGGCAGGGUAAGGAGGGUACUGGUGGGAGUGUGGGUGCUGGGUCUGUGUCGAAGGCAGAGUCAAGUAAGAAAUCAACUUCUGGUGCAAGAAAGAGAAGUGCUGCUGCAUUGGGGAAGUUGGAUUUGAAUGUGGAGUUUAGUAAUAAUGAGGGGGAAGAGCCUGCGGCUCAGACAAUGAGUGAAGGGAAUGGGACAGCAAAUGGGGAGGAGGAUAAUAUGGAAGGGAUCGGGUUUUUUGAAGGUCUUGACGAGUUUUUGAGUAGUCUGCCCAUACUUAAUGUUGUGGGAGAUGACAAGGUUAAGGCAAAUUAGGGAAGUAAGGGUAAGGGUUUUCCUUUUUGUCAUUGCUGCUUUAGCUGUUGUAAUUGCUUUAUGGAUGCAUGUUGUAUUGAAUGAUGUAGAGCUUCUAUGCCUUUUGUUUCAUGGCUCUCGCUGUUUGAAUCUGUUAUAUAAUCUGCAGCAAUGUGAACUUAAUUCAGUUUUUAGUUUUAGAAAAUGUUAAUGUGAUUUCCGUA